AUGGAGCCCGCGCUGGGCUGCAGCCUCAAGGACGUGAAGUGGAGCCCGGUGGCCGUGCCGCUCGACUUGCUGGUCAGCACGUACCGGCUGCCCCAGAUCGCGCGGCUGGACAGCGGAGAAUGCAUCGAAGGGCUGCGGGAGAACGACUACCUGCUGAUCCACUCGUGCCGCCAGUGGACCACCAUCACCGCCCACAGCCUGGAGGAGGGGCACUACGUCAUCGGGCCGAAGAUAGAGAUCCCGGUGCACUACGCAGGCCAGUUCAAGCUGCUGGAACAAGACCGGGACAUAAAGGAGCCCGUGCAGUAUUUCAACAGCGUGGAGGAGGUGGCCAAGGCCUUCCCUGAGCGCGUGUACGUCAUGGAGGAGAUCACGUUCAACGUGAAGGUGGCGUCGGGGGAGUGCAACGAGGACACGGAGGUGUACAACAUCACGCUGUGCACGGGCGACGAACUCACGCUCAUGGGGCAGGCGGAGAUCCUGUACGCCAAGACCUUCAAGGAGAAGUCGCGGCUCAACACCAUCUUCAAGAAGAUCGGGAAGCUCAACUCCAUCAGCCGGCUGGGCAAGGGCAAGAUGCCCUGCCUCAUCUGCAUGAACCACCGCACCAACGAGAGCAUCAGCCUGCCCUUCCAGUGCAAGGGCCGCUUCAGCACGCGCAGCCCGCUGGAGCUGCAGAUGCAGGAGGGCGAGCACACUAUCCGCAACAUCGUGGAGCGGACGCGGCUGCCCGUGAACGUGACCGUGCCCAGCCCGCCGCCCCGCAACCCCUACGACCUGCACUCCAUCCGCGAGGGCCAUCGCUACAAGUUCGUGAACAUCCAGACCAAGACGGUGGUGGUGUGCUGCGUGCUGCGCAGCAAUAAGGUGCUCCCCAUGCACUUCCCGCUGCACCUGGCGGUGCCCAAGUUCAGCCUGCCCGAGCCGCCCGGCCAGGGCGCGCCGUGGCCCGAGGCCCUGGUGCACCACUGGCUGGGCGUGUGCCAGGAGCAGGUCGACAUCGACGAGUACUCCCGUGCGGUCCGCGACGUGAGGACCGACUGGAGCGGCGAGGACUGCAAGAGCCCCAAGAAGGGCCGGUGCCACGGCCACGGCCACGUGCCCAGCGCGCUCAGCUACGCGCGCGACGAGCUCACGCAGUCCUUCCACCGCCUCUCCGUCUGCGUCUAUGGCAACAACCUCCACGGCAACAGCGAGGUGAACCUGCACGGCUGCAGGAACCUGGGGGGCGAGUGGGCCCCGUUUCCGCACGAUCACCUCCUGCCCUAUCAGGACCCUCCCGGGGACAGCGGGAGCGACUACCUGUUCCCCGAAUCCAGCGAGGAGCCCCCGGGGGUGCCCGCCAAGCCGGAGCUUCCCUACGAGGAGCUGUGGCUGGAGGAGGGCCGCCCGCCGCUGGCGCGCUCGCUCAGCGAGAGGAGCCGGUGCGAGCCGCCGCCCAGAGGGCCGGCCCGGGCCGCAGGCGCGCCCGCGCCCGCUCCGCUGCCCGGGCCUGGGCCGCUGGGAGCCGCCGUGCCGCCCGCCGAGAUCGCCCUACCUCCGCCGCCGCCGGUGCCGCCCAAAUCCGAAGCCGUCAGGGAAGAGUGCCGGCUCCUGAACGCCCCGCCGGUGCCGCCCCGAAGCGCCAAGCCUUUGUCCACCAGCCCCUCGGUCCCACCGCGCGCAGCCAGGCCCCGGCCGCAGACCCGCUCUCCCAGCCCCACCCUGUCCUACUACUCGUCAGGGCUGCACGACAUCAGCGUGACUAAAAGCGACGCCAGCCCUUCCGACAGCGCCCCCGCCUCCUGCUACCCGUGCCCCCGCAGGAAGCCCGACUCGCUGGACCUGCAGUCCCCGCCGGGCAGCCCCCUGGACCCGCUGUCCGCGCGGCUCUCCUGGCCGGGCCGCCACGCAGGGGCGCGCUCGGAGGCCCACGCCUGCAGGGACUUCCUGCUGGACCCCAGCCGCAGCUACAGCUACCCCCGGCAGAAGACGCCGGGCACGCCCAGCAGGCACUGCCCGGCGCCCUUGGACCUGGAGGGCUGCGAGCCCCUGGCCAGCCCCCCGAGCGCGGCCCCAGCGGGCGGCGGCGGCGCAGCCGGCGGCUCCGGCUCCGGUUGCCCCAAGUCGGCCAGCUACUCCCUGGGGAGCACCGACGAGAAGCUGCUGGCGGCCGGCACCGCCAAGCAGAGCCUCUCGUGCCCGGCCCUGCCCCCCAGGGCGCCGCGGCCGGUGGAAGAGAAGGCCGCCUCCUCCGGAACCCCGCCUUUGCCCCUGAAGAUCGACGGUGCCGAGGGGGACCCCGCGGCGGGGUCCUCGGACCCGGCCGAGGACCAGUACUUUGCGCAGAAGGCGGGCGCGGUGCAGGACAUCUUCUCGGUCCCCUACCCCUUCUCCUCGCCGCUGCACCUGCAGCUGGCGCCCCGCUCCUGCGGGGACGGCUCCCCCUGGCAGCCGCCCGCCGACCUGUCGGGCCUUUCCAUCGAGGAGGUGUCCAAGUCCCUGCGCUUCAUCGGCCUGUCGGAAGACGUCAUCUCCUUCUUCGUGACCGAGAAGAUCGACGGGAACUUGCUCGUGCAGCUGUCGGAGGAGAUCCUCUCGGAGGAUUUCAGGCUGAGCAAGCUGCAGGUGAAGAAGAUCCUGCAGUUCAUCAGCGGCUGGCGGCCCAAGAUAUAG